CGCUCAUUCUGGUUCUGGAAGACAGGCAAGGGAUAGUUAAGAGGAAGGUAAACCGGCAGUAGCACCUGUCAAGCUGUGGUGGUUGGACUCUUGGUAAAAGAAAAGUUGAUUCUUAAGAAGUACUGGCCCACCUCAAACGGGACUGCAACUCAAAUCUCAGGAGCCAAGGGGAAAAAAAAACUCACUUACAUGGGAUUUUACCACGUUUUUGCAAUGUCUAACUGCGUAAUGAGGAGCUACACCAUGACAUGGACUUCUUGUCAAAUGUUGUUUGUUGCUGCUGCUUUAUUUUUUGGAGCUUUGUCCAUUCCUGCUGAAGGAGCGGCCAUUGAGAAUGAAGUCGCUAUUAAACUGCGGCAUGACUCCGGCCCAUCUAUCACUCUGCCCCCCGCAGUCCCCGAACCUUAUUAUCAAGAAGAGGAAGAUGAUGAGGAGUAUGAUAUAGACGGUGCUACUGACGAAGAUUACCAUUUGUCCGGAGAUUAUGACGAAGAAGAAUUACCUCGAGUUGCGUUUUCUUCUAAGCCCCAAGGCUUAGUUACUCUGAAUAAAGAAGAAAAACGAACAAGAAAAGGGAAGAAAAAAGGAGCAGGAAAGAAAAGAAAUCCAUGUCUAAAAAAAUACAAGGAUUUCUGUAUUCAUGGAGAGUGCAGAUACAUUAGAGAAUUGAAAGCUCCAGCUUGCAAUUGCUGGACAGGAUACCAUGGAGAAAGAUGCCAUCAGUUUACCCUGCCUGUGGAGAACCCACAACCUGGUUAUGAUCAUACCACAGUUUUAGCCGUUACAGCUGUUGUGCUUUCAUCUGUCUGCCUGAUUUUAAUUGCUGCAUUGCUGGUGCUAAGAUAUCACAAACGAGGAGAGUAUGAUGUAGAAAAUGAAGAAAAAGUUAAGUUGGGGGAAACUGUUGGACACUAGGAGGAAGGACAUAAUACAAAGGUAUUUGAAAGGAAAUACAAGUGAAAAUCAAAGUCACGCAUUUACUGAAGAAUGGAGAAGAACAAAAGAUGAACAGCAAGACAAAGUACCUUAUAAGAGGUUGUGAAAUGGUUGUCUAUUAGAGCAUUGCCAUUUCAUGCUGUGUAUGUGUAUGUAGACGAUAAUGGACAAUGGGAGCAUCUGUGGAUGACAUGUUAUCAACAGACUGGCUAAAGUGAUGGAUGGCACCAGUUAUUCAGUGUUACUUCUCAAAAUAGCCUAUGCUGGUGGAAAGUAGCUGGAAAGUGCUUCUUGUUUCCUUCAAACAAAAUUGCAUGCCUUUUGAAGAGCAAAACUACAUCUCACCUAGUACUCCCUUAUGAAACUCUUCCAAGCACUGGGUCCUAUGAAACUCUUCCAAGCACUGGGUCCAUUUGAAUGCUUAAGCUUAGAAGUGAAAACAUUUUUGGGUGGUCAGAUACAGCUUAAGGAGGGGCAUCACUGGACAGGUUGCCAAGGAUAUGUGACUAAUGUGUUAGCUUCUUCAAACAAUAUUUCCUUAAAAAUCUGUUUUAAUACAAAAUACUACAUUGAUUUAGCAAUGUUCUGUCUUUUAAGUCUGUCAAAACUGACUUAAAAAUUUUAAUAGCAAGCUGAGCAGUUUUUAGCCCCUUUUAAGAUUGCUGAGAAAUGUCUGGCUUGUAAAAUGUUAACCUUCCUAUUUUGCUGUGUACUUUGGAACUGACUGUGCACAGUAUAAGCUCUGCAGUGAGACUGUACCUAGUUGCUAUAUGAAAUACUAGCUAGGCUAGAACUUGCAUGCACCAUUUAUAAUUGAAUAUUUAAAAUCAUUUUGCUUCCUUCAUGCAUGCAGUUAUUUGGCACCCAGCUUCUGUGAUUAUAUACUGCAUAUGAAUCAUGAUGUGCCAGCUUAAAAAUUCUUGCUGCCUCAUUCACCAAGAUAAAUGUCAAUAUUUAUGGUAACAUACUUGAUUUGAAUAACUCAAGUGAGUUACAUAAUCACUACCCUUAGUCAAGUUUAACAUUUUCCCACUUGAGAAAUGAGAACUGUCUACAUGUGACAAAAAUACAUUUUUGUAAUGAGCACUUACCUACUCAAGUUUUUCUUCAAAGUGUAUCAGGCCCUCACAAAAUUCUCAAAUGUACUAAUUGUGGACCUCUUAGUAGACAUUUUAGGAGGUAUAGACAUGUCUUACUUUAUAUAUACAACCUCGAAAGGUUGGCAGGCGGCUGACAAAACAUAAUAUGUUGAGGGCACAUUUGCUUCCUAGAUUCAGAUGUAGUAGAGCAUAUGAUUCCAAGAUUCAUUCUACACUGAUAUGUGCUAUUUUUAGUACACAAAUGCCUUUGCUAUGUGCUAUUUGUAGUACACAAAUGCCUUUGCUAUGUGCUAUUUUUAGUACACUAAUGCCUUUGCUCGAUAGGUGAGUAUAGCAGUCCCCCUGACUGGAUUGACCAUCUUUUGAAGGUUUGGCUUGUAGCUAGCACUACAAUCUGCACUAUAAUUUCCCUUUCCAAAGGGGAAUAUUAUAUUUUGCUUUCCUUAGUAAUUGAAAAAUACUGUUAGUCGUGUUUCUGUUUUUUUUUUUUUUUACUUAUAGCUAGUAGAGAUUUAAGAAAAUUCUUUGCAGUACUGUUUUGGUGGAUUUUUAAUGGCAAGAGUUAUAGAAUGUUAUUGCUUCAGAUGCAAGAGCCUCUUCCUUAUGUUACUACCAGUGGACACCUGCUGCAGUGUCAUUUACAUUCACCAGUUUUAUUUCCAAGCUUUAAAAUUGUAGGUUUUUGUUUGGAAAUGAAGAAAUAUGUUCCAUCACUGACAUUACCACUCACCGUUAUGCUUUAUGCUAAUUUGUUUUUGCUCUGCUGUCUCCAGUUUAAUCUUCCAGAUGUAUUUUAAUGUCACUCUUCAUGGCCUAGCAGUUGGCUGUUAUGUUAAACUGCUGUCAUCCAGACUAGUAACAGAUAGGAAUUGUUACCAAGUGACUCAGGCAGUGUCUUGCUAGCACUGACAUUUUACAGGUAUUGUUUUAAAAAAUAAUUUUGAGGUUUGACACGCGGCUUUUUAAAAUUGUGAUAAAAAAAUCUAUUUUAUAACCGUAACACAUUAAAGAAAAACCUUGUUAUAUCUGUGUGGUAGUCUAGGUACAUUAGAUAAUAUAGCCUUGUGGAUGAGUCAUACUAUUGAGAAAAGGUGACUCUAACUGUUACUGGUCUUCUGUACUCCAGUUGCAAACAGAUGUACAUAUAAAACCACAGAUAAAGUUGGAACUGUAUGUUACAGUUAACAUAGUUUCUGCAUUUUACUGAAAAAUUGAUGGGGGUAGGGGGAAGUGCGGCAUUUAACCUUAUUUAGUUAUUGGGAAUAUUGCUUAUUGUUCAGCCUGGUGUACCACACAAAGCACCAGAUGAGGAAAGUAAUAUUUUCGAAUGUUAAGGAGGAUGUGUGUACCAGGACUGUGUUACUUGUAUUUUGCCAUGUGAUAUCCACAUUUUGUAAAGUAAAUUUGUGCCUUAAAUUGCUUAAUUAGGGCCAGGUGGCAAUUAUUCUUGAUACUGUCUUUUAUAUAAAAGCUGAGGGUAGUUGCUAAGAAGAUUAUUGCAAAACAAUAAACAAAAAAAGAGACUUAAAUAUUUUCUAAUAUUUAAGUUAAAUAAACUGCAUCUAUUGGGUGCGUGUUUAUAGGCAACAACUAAGACUAUAUUAUAGUCUACAUGCUAUCCUAAUACUUUAUAUAGUAUGUAUUUAAAGAUGUCAGAUAUUUUUAUUAAGUAGCCAUUUUUUAAAUUAUGCUAUUUAUUUUAUAUGUAUUUAUUUUAAAAUGAGUAAUAGAUUGCAUUAUUCAAGUUUCUUUUUAAAUAUUGCUAAUUUAAAAACUUUCACAUGUCAGAUACAGUAUUUUUUCCUCUUGCUACUUUUUGUUAGGCAUGAACUGGUAAUAUAUUUUAUUUUUACUCUAUACAAAUCUAUACUUUUGUAAUUAUUAAUCAUAAAUUAUUUGGCUAGAUGUCUGCCACUGAAUGCAACAAAUUUGUGUAAUGAAAAUAUUAUUUAUCUUGAUUACAGAAUCUGGAAUGGGGAAAGAAUGCUGUAUCUAAGUUACUUUAACAAAAUGUCACAAUACUGAGCAGGACUUCUACUGCAAUAUUUUUACAUUACUGCAAACCUGAACAGCAGCCUUUGCAUUGCUUUUAACCAUUCAUUGUAAACAAUAAAUUCCUUUAAAAAUGGCAAA